CGUAAAAGUUUGCUGAUGGCAGCGCUAACUUCCUGGCAGCACCACGUUGUUACGGCGAAUGACCUAGCCGACGGAUCGCCAGACAAGCCGCAGCAAUGGGUGCAAGUAGCUGCUCGAGUGUUCCCUGAGCUGGGCACUGUCUCAAAGGCGAAACGUGCUCGAAUAGCUGGGAACUUGUUAUUGAACGGGCAAUCACAGGUACCCACGCUCACCAGCGCUGCAGUAAACGACACCUUCGCCUACUUUAGUCCAGAGAAGCACAAGCAGUUGGUUACUUCUACAAACACUAACAACCCAAGGGCACUAUCGUGGGUAAAGACUUGCAAGACCCAGGGACUGCGUGUGGUCUACGAAUGCAGCAACUUGGCGGUGGUGGAAAAGCCCGUGGGAAUCCACGUUAAAGGCCGAAGUAAGCGCACAAUGGAACACGCAUUGCCUUUGCUACUGCAGACACAACAAGCUGCUGAAGCUGGAGACUUCGAAUUGCCAAUGCCUCAUGCAGUGCAUCGCUUAGAUUAUCGUGUGGGUGGACUAUUACUUGUGGCGAAGACCAGGAAGACGGAAGUAGACUUGUCAGCUCAGCUAGAGAGACAUUCCGUCACGAAGCAAUAUCGCGCGAUCUUGGUCGGAAAUGUGCGCGAGAAAAUUCCAACAAGAGAUAGAAAUAAACCCGGGGUCGCAUCGAUUGAGCUUCCAAGCGCACUCAUGGAAAUCCAAGACGAACUUCACUUCCUGGACGGCGAAAUUGACAACAAGCAGUGUCUAACUGCAAUGAGAAUUGUGAGCACAACGCGCAGUGCUCGGUACGAAUGGAUCUCCACUGUCGAUCUGUGGCCACUUACAGGUCGCAAGCACCAACUUCGUAUCCAUACAGCACGACACGGACAUCCAAUUGUUGGUGACGACUUGUAUCACGACACUAUCGGCCAGUCAGUUGUGCGUGGCAUGGGGUUGUUUUUGUUCUCGGUUGGAAUUGCAUUCGAUGAUAUCGUCGGCAAUCGACGCAGUUUCCACAUCCAAGAACCCAACAAAUUUGCUCGUUUUCGACACUUUUGCGGCUUGAACUGGAUGAAACACGCUCGAAAAACCCAUGCAAAGAACAUUGAAUGAAAAGUAGGAGCUUCUUCGCAUUAGUUGUAGCUCAUACUUGGGCUAAAUAAUUGAUCGGUGUUUCGUAUGGUACGAUGGCAGGCUGUCGUCGCGGUAUCCCACGCCACGAGGUGGCAGUUAUUUUACCCGUGCGUCUAGUGUACACGCUCAAAAUACGACAAGCUGCUUGUCGUGGUAUGUACAGCAGCCUAGUCGCUGUAAUGUGGCUGCUCAGCGCGUAGGUUUACUGCUGCACAGGCACCACGUUCUGGAGCGCCACUAGCAAUUGUGCGGCCGUUGGUCGACAUCGCGGGUCUGGAUGCAGGCAGCCUUGUAAGAUCCACCGAGACAGAUCAGAAAUGGGUCGUGCAUAUCGAAGUUCGCCCGUGUACUGAGCCAUCAUCGCUUUUACUUCAGCGUGCAUCGAUUUGUCCGGGCAGAUUGGGUGCUUUCCAGUGACCAUCAUGCAGUACACGAUGCCCACCAUCCACAUAUCAGCCUUCUCAGCCGUCGCUUCGCAGUCGCUACGGUUCGGACGGAAGCACUCAGGAGGAAGAUAUCGCAAAGUGCCAACGGUAGAGUUGGACGUUGCUGCCUUGGCGUCGCGAGUCAAGUCGAAGUCGGUAAGCUGCACACAUCCGCCCUGGGCGAUGAGAAUGUUCGACGGCUUCAGGUCGUAAUGAGCAACGCCCAUCUAUAAGACAGGAAAGGUCAGUUAACCGCAACCCAAAUUCAGACAGCAAUAACGACGUACAUCUUCGUGCAAGUAUUUCAGGGCGUUCAGAAGCUGAGAAAGCACUUUGUAUGCAGAGUCAUCAUCGAAGUGCUCGUACAUCUGACAUACCGCAGAACAAAAGAGAAGUCAGUGUUCUGUUAACAACGAAUCCGCCGUUGAUAUUUCGUACCUCAAUGAGUUGCUGAAGAUCUGACUCAACGCUGGCAACAGUGAACGCAGUGUAUUGCUGUUGCUGAUAUCGGAUAAGGAAGGGUGCCUCGCCGACCUGAACAAUAUUGGGGUGGUUGAGUUUCUGUAGAGUGAAAAGAAACGUUUGUAAG